AUGUCCUCGGUCGCGUCUGGUGUUUGUGGUCCUCUCGUCGAAUCUUAUGACCUACCAUCACUCAAUACAUAUUGUCGUACUGCCACCGAGUCAAUUACACCAUCCAUUUGCUCUCAACAACUACAAUUACCGCGAGCGCCCUUAUUCCUUACACGUACUGGGCCACAUCUUCAGCGAUUUUGGAUCCUUGUAGAAAUGGACCCCGCAACAGGCCAAACUCGGAAGGAUUUCACUGAGUGGUGGCUUCAAACAGAGUAUAGCACAAGAAAAGACAUCGAGACCACCAUUCAUUGGGACCACAAAAAGAGAGCUUCAGUCUGGGAUCACUUUGAGCAAGUAGCUCAUAAACGGACAGGAGAGCCUAAAGUUAUGUGUAAGCGUUGCCUUACUACACUUACUCAUCCAAAUAUUCGGCGUGGAGGAACAUCACCAAUGAACACACAUCUGAAAGGGAAUACCUGUCAUCCAAAGCAUGGGAUUGGCAAGUUACUUGCGAAGCAGUCACAAACUUCAAGAGCAACUUUAACUACUUUCUCUGAAGAAACGCUUGCCCAGAAAGUCCUUUCUCUUAUCCUCGUCGCACGGCUCCCAUUCCGUAUCCUUGAUCGUCCAGAAUUCCAGGAAUUAGCUGAUCUAAUUGCUGUUGCUCCCUCACGGGUCAAACUACCCUCCCGGACGAUUAGCCGACAACUACACUCGAAUAUCCAACAAGGACAACAGAGUAUAAUAGAUAUGCUCCCAGAGGAUAGUAGACUAUCUCUAUCACUUGAUUGCUGGACAUCACCUUUCCAGCAGGGCUUUAUGGCUAUUACUGGUUAUUUUCUGGAUAACGAUUGGGAGUAUCGAGAGGCUCUACUUGGCUUUAAACCCUUACAAGGCUCACAUACUGGGAGUAACCUAAGCUCAGUAGUUAUUGGUAUUCUCGAAAAGUAUAAAAUUGCCGAUCGGGUUCUGUCAGUAACAACUGAUAAUGCUACCAAUAACAAUACAAUGAUGCUCAGUAUUCAGGAUGAGCUCAAAAGUCAGGGUGUUGGAAGUGACGGGCUUGGUAAUGGUAUAUUUCGUGUUCCAUGCCUGGCCCAUGUGAUCCAACUGAGUCUGAAUCAACUUCUCGGAAAAAUAAAAGCAAUGCCAUCCAAUAAUGAGGCAGAGGAUGGAUAG